AUGGUCAAGCCAGUGGUCACAAAGUCCGUGGUGAAGAAGCGCACGAAGCGCUUCACCCGCCAUCGCCAUGAGCUCUUCCCGCAGCUGAGCUCCAGCUGGCGCAAGCCGCGUGGUGAGGACUCCCCGGUCCGCCGCCGCUACAAGGGCCAGAAGGCAAUGCCGAACAAGGGUUACGGUAGCGACCGCGCCACCAAGUACAUCACCCCGUCCGGCUUCAAGAGCUUCCCGAUCCAAAACGUGCAGGACCUGUACAUGCUCGUGAUGCAGAACCGCAAGUACGCUGGCGUCAUCUCUCACACUGUCGGUGCCAGGUCUCGCAAGGCCAUCGUCCGCAAAGCCCACGAGCUCGAUGUCCGCCUAAUUAACGGCGGUGCCAAGCUGCGCAAGCUGGAGAGCAACUAG